GCUGGAAAGUAGCAUCCCGGUGGACGGGAGAGAAGCCGGGCGGCGUCCGCACCGACCAAUUGGACUUCGAACAGUGAUCGAAGCCAACGAUCGGGACGCUUUUGACGGGAUACAUCGCUCGAAUGACGAGCGUCGGCCGAGGGAAGACGUCGGACUCCGUCCACUUCUUGCGACGGCCGCGUCGUCGCUCGCCUGAUUUCUUGGCCGCUCUUUCUCGAGCUCGGACAACCGAGGGUUGUUGCUUUUAGUCGUCAUGACGGAAAUCAGCGAGAAGGAGAACGAGCCGCAGCGGCGGGACCUCCAGAGACCGCCGGCCACUGCGCCCAGCCAGCCGGAGUCCAAGCUGCAGCGUCUGAAGCGUUCGCUGUCCUUCAAGUCCGUGAUGCGCAGCAAGAGCGUGGACAACUUCUUCCAGCGCAACAACGCCGACCCGCGGCCCCCCUGCAUGCUCAUCAUCCCGCCCGCGUCCCAGACUGCGCCGCCGCCGCCGGCCUUGUCCGAGUCGCCCCUGGCCUACGAGCGAUCGGCCUCGCUCUCGCCGGCCGACAGCCUCGACCCGUCGCUGUCGGAGUUGUCGCGCUCGCCCUCCGUCGGUCCCUCGCUGUCCCUGAGCGCCACGGUUCAGCCCAAGUCUCCGUCCCCGUCCACGACGCCGCUCAAGACUCACUGUUUCCACGAGCACGUCUUCCGCAGGCCGAGCAGCUGCGAGCGAUGCAAACACAUGAUCCAAGGCAACUCCAAGCAAGGCCUGCGCUGCAGAGCCUGCAAACUGGCCGCUCACCUGUGGUGCUCGUCGGAGCUGUCCCGGCAGCCCUGCGCUGGCAAGACGGGAGCUUUUAAGCGAAACUUCAGCUCGCCUCUACUAACCACAGAGUCGCUGGGCGUCGUCAGGGAGACUCCUGAUGUGCAGGAGGUCGACCACGCCACGGUGGACCCCGUGUACGAAGCGCUGCGCUACGGGACGUCGCUGGCGCAGAUGAGUCGCUGCAGCUUCGGCAGCAUCUCCGAGUCGCCCUGUCACCGGGCUGAAAAGCUCCCAGACAAGCUGGAGAAUCAGCCAAUCGCGGAAGAGGAGCCCAUUCCAGGAAUGCUCACCCCUCCUGAAAGCGAGAAGGCAGAUUCUGAAGAACGAGUCAGCUUUAAGACUCCCAGAUGUGUGGAGGUCCACUCCAUGCACACCUACGUGGCUCUCUACAAGUUCCUGCCUCAGGAAAACAACGACUUGGAACUACAGCCUGGUGAUAGAGUCAAAGUCACAGAUGACGCCAACGAGGACUGGUGGAAGGGGAAAAGCCGCAACAAGGUGGGAUAUUUCCCUGCCAACUUUGUGCAGCGGGUGCGCCCGGGGGAGCGGGUGUGGAAGGUCGCGGCUGGUUUCCACGGCGACCGAGACAAAGGCCAGAUGACGGUGAAAGAGGCCCAGAUCUGCGUGGGCAAGAACGAGGAGACGGACGGCUUCCUGCGACUGAGCAGCGGCAAGAAGCGGGGCUUGGUGCCGGCGGACGUUUUACUUGAAAUAUGACAUCAGCUACUAAUAAUACUCACAGCCGUUAUAAGUAAUAUAAACGCUCUCGCUUGACGGCCGCGAAAUGAACAGCUGACGUAGGGAACAACAGCUUUGCUUGUUUUGUUUUCUUUUGAGCUACGUUUCUUGUAGCGCAAAGUGGGGCCUGUCGCGUCAAGGAGCACAAACGGGACGUCCGGCUACCUCACCGCUUCGGAAGCCUACGGGGAGACUUCGUGUCACACGUUCAGUCCUUUAUUCAUUAUUUGCACAUAAUAAUAACUCGCGUUAUCGUACGCAACUCGGAAAAAAAAUUUCUGAAGCAGUGGAACCUCCGAAGUGGAACAUGAAGCUUCCUUCAUCCUUUUCAUGCUAAUCAUUAGCCGUCAGCUACAUGCCCUACAUGCAUUUUUAAUGAACUGUAAUCAUUUAUAUUGCACUUUCAAAUGUUGCAGGAAUUUCCAUGUCGGCUCGCGUCACACUUUCCCUCUUUGGCUGUCACAAAACGCAAAGAAAAAGCCAAAGAAAUAGCAAAAAGCACCUGUGGUGCUAAUCGUUUAGAAUUCAGGGGCAGGCAAACGUUUGUGCUCACGGGCCACGUUCGAUUUGUACAGGGGCGACAACGGCUAUAUUAAUGCAGCAAAUGUUACAGGACUCUGUAAUGUGUGUAAAAUGGAAAGAACAGCCUCGCUUGAGAUGCUGAAGUCUUGUGAGGUUUAGCACACAAACGGAAGUUUCGUCUCCAAAUUUCGCCUUAAAUUGGGUCCGACGUUUGCGGCGUUCCACUUUCGUGGAGGUUCCGCUGUCACCGAUGUACGCUAGCCCCGCACUCGUGCACCUCUGGGAGCCUCGUCGCACGAAAUUCGACAUUCCCAAUCUGCCUUAUCCGCCGUACGCACGCAUAUGGUCAGAGAAUUGUGUUUCUUGUCAAAAUGGCGCCUCUGUGGGUUGCGCGCCGAGCGCUCGGCACGCCAGCGUGAAGCACUAAGUGUAAAUGAAACGCGGAUAGCCUUCUAGUGACACGCUACUCUGGAUGGUAGAGCCAUGCAGGAAGCGCCUAAUAAGGGCGUUGAUAGCUCACUUGUAGCAGAGCCACACGCACACGCACACAGUGCAUCCAGAAAGCAUUUAGUCCACGUUUUCCGCAUUCCUCAUCUGGAAAGUAUUCACAUUGAAAAAAGUGAGGUGUUGUAAAUACUUUCCUAUUCACAACGCCUCACUUUUUCAUAUUUUCUUCUUUUGCUUUUCCAUUCUGAAGCUGUAACGUGACAAAGGGUGGAAAAAGUAAAGCGCUGUGAAUACUUUCUGGGUGCACUGUAUUUCUAUUUAGUCCGUUGACUUUAAAACACUAUGCACACCGCAUUCAAGUCGCUUGCUUUGUUUUGUCCACACGCACACUUGGGCUCAGGAUCCCUUUUUGACAGGCCAUAUCACCUUUCGGUAUCGCCCCAAUAAAAUGCGAUGAACCCUCCA